UAACCCAGAAAGGGACCAAUCAGCAUUUCUUCAGAAUUAUUAAAAUUGGCUGAGUUCGGUUUUUCAACGUAGAGCUCCCAACAAUAAUAGAGCUAUGAAGCUUUUUCUGCUAGCGUCCAUUUUUGCGGUAGGUUAUGGUCAUAUUUGCCUCCUCAGCCCGCCCCAAAGAGGAAGCAUGUCGGGCAUUAAUACCCCUGGGGCAAAUGACUGCAUAUUGACCACCGCCCCGUGUGGAGGUCGCCAGCCUGGACGUGACGCCACCUUCUACGGUCGCGGGGAGAACAUCACCGUCACAUUCAUGAAGAAUCUGGACCAUUACAACAAAACUAACCCCGGGAAGUUCGUUAUUUCUCUGAGUGAGAGACAGACUGUUGCACCAAAGGUUUUGGCCACCGUUCCUGACGGUGGCGAACCUUCACUCCAUAUCUACACGGUGAAGGUCCUCGCACCUAUGGAACCACCUAACACUAUGCACUUCUUACAAGUGACAUACGAACCCAACAAUAACCAGGCUCCGAAAGCGUUUUAUCAGUGCGCGGACGUGGGAUUUGAGCCAAGAAAUUGAAUUAAUUAGAAGACUAGUAUUUUAUAUUUGUUGAAAGUGACACAUAUGCAUUUUGGUGAAUGGAUUAUAAACUGAAGUACUGUAAACAGAGAUAUCCUGGAAACCCUUAUCAUGCCAAUAUUGUUACCUUUACUUUGUAUUCAACUGAUACUACGAUAGUAAAUGAAUAUGUAGAAUCAUUGUGGUUUGUUAAUCAAGGUAAAGGGUAAUUGUAACUUUAUCU